AUGUGGCUCAUCAAUACCAACACCUUCGAAUUGCGCAUGUUCAAUGGCCCUCAAAACGUCCCUCCAUACGCAAUCCUAUCCCACACCUGGGGCAACGACGAGGUGACGUUCCAAGAUAUUCAACAGAACCUGCACCUCGCCCGCACAAAGGCUGGUUUCUCCAAGAUCGAGGGAACAUGUUACCAAGCACUACGCCAUCAGAUCGACUGGGCCUGGAUCGACUCGUGCUGUAUCGACAAGACCUCGUCCGCCGAGCUGUCUGAAGCCAUCAACUCCAUGUACUCGUACUAUCUCCUGGCUCGCGUCUGUUUCGUUUACCUCUCCGAUGUCCCUCCGCCUUCUGCCUCUCCGCCCAUGGGCAACAUGCCCUCCCUUGCGAGAUCCCGUUGGUUCACCCGUGGCUGGACCCUUCAGGAGCUCAUCGCUCCUCGCCGAGCCAUCUUCUACGCCUCGGACUGGUCGCGCAUCGGAACCAAAGGCCUGCACCGCGGCGAGCAGCCAUUCAUCGCAGCAAUAGCGGCCAUCACAGGCGUUUUCGAGUCGGUCCUCUCCAAGACACGAUCACCCCGUGACUAUUCCAUCGCAGAGCGCAUGUCCUGGGCCGCUGCCCGCCAGACUACCCGCCCAGAAGACCUAGCCUACUGCGUCAUGGGGCUAUUCGGUGUGAACAUCCCCGUCCUGUACGGCGAGGGCCUGGCACAUGCCUUUCAGCGCUUGCAGCACGAGAUCAUUCGUACUUCUCCCGACGAAACCAUCUUCGCGUGGCGCGUUGACCCGGCCCAGGAGUUUAUGGACUCCCAUACUGGCGAGCGACGACGACGUGCCCUCAACUCUGGUCUUUUGGCCGACUCGCCUGCCGAUUUCGCCCGCUCCCGCGAUGUUCAUCAGCGAGCCCUGCACAGAGGCUCCCCGUUCCGGCUCUUCAGCAUGACCAACAUGGGAAUCUCCAUCGCCGCGGAACUGAUAACGUUGGCCGCGCCCGGCAGCCCGCGCGCUAGCCCGCGAACUAGUCCCUCGCCUGGUAGACCUAGUCCGUCACCAUCCGUCCAGCCGCCGGAGUCAAAUCUCGUCAUUCUCCCGAUUGGGGCAAGCGACCGGCCGACAGACACCGGGCCAAGGGCUCGAGUGGGGCUCUAUCUCGAGCCUGUCCUGCCGGCACCGGCAUUGCCGUCGGGGGCGGCGCCGUCUGCGUAUUCUCAAGUGUUCUACCGCCGCGUCCGAUGUGACGACUUUUGCUUCGCACCGCAGCCUAUUGGUGACUUCCCUCGUGGCCACGAGCAGGAGAUUUUUGUAGUAGAAGACGAGCAAUUCGCCGAGAUGCGGUGGGCAGAUAGGCCGUCUUCGGCUGGCGGUGGGUCACCAUCCAUCGGCGGAAGACUGUCCUUGUCUCCUAGUGCGUCGCCGAGGGCAUCGCCAAGGUUGGGAACCAUGGAUUUGACCUGA